AUGCUGCUCUUCCGAAACGCGAAGCAGGUGGUGCAGGUGGUGCGCAACGGCGAGCGUCACCUCGCUGGGCGGGAGCAGAGCAACAGCAUCGCCAUCAUUCCGCACGGCUCACUCCUCGUCGACACGCAGAGCGGCAACAUUGCUGCUGUCGGCGCCAACGACGAGGUGCAGGCCUACAUCGCGACCCACAAGUGCAAACUCAGCGAGACGGUCCCGUGCGAGGGGAAGGUGCUGCUGCCGGGCUUCGUUGACGCCCACACGCACCCGGUCUGGGACGGCGACCGCUCCCACGAGUUCACGCUGAAGCUGAAUGGCGCGAGCUACAUGGACGUGCAGCGGGCUGGGGGCGGCAUCGGCUUCACCACCCGCUGCACGCGCGCCGCGAGCGAGGAACAGCUCAGGGCACAGCUGCAGAAGCGCCUGCGCCGCAUGCUCGCCUUCGGCACGACAACGGUGGAGGGGAAGAGCGGCUACGGCCUCGAGUGCGACACGGAGCUGAAGAUGCUGCGCGUGCUGAAGCAGGCGGGUGACGAGGGGCCGCUGACGGUUGUCAGUACAUACUGCGGCGCCCACGCGGUGCCGGCGGGCAUGACCGCGGAGGAGGCGGUGCGGAACGUGGUGGAGCAGCAGCUGCCGUCCGUGAUGCAGGAGCGCGCGGCGGGGCGCAACGACGUGCGCAAUAUUGACGUCUUCUGCGAGGAGGGCGUCUUUGACCACGAGCAGUCGCGCCGCGUGCUAGCAGCGGGGCAGGCAGCCGGUCUCGCGCUUAACUUCCACGGCGACGAGUUGUCAUUCGUCGCCUCCGGUGAGCUCGCUGGUGAGCUCGGCGCACAGGCGGUGUCGCACCUCGAGCACGUCAGCGACGCCGGCAUCGCCUGCAUGCGAAAGAAGCCUACCUUCGCUGUGCUGCUGCCCAUUACCGCGUACGUCCUCCGCAUCACCCCGCCACCGGCGCGGAAGCUUAUCGACGGCCAUGUGCCGGUUGCACUCGGCAGCGAUUUCUGCCCCAACGCGCACUCCGUGUCCAUGCCGCACACAAUGAACGUGGCGUGCGUACUGAUGCACAUGACGGUGGAGGAGGCGCUCGUCGCCGCGACGAUUAACUCGGCUGGAAGCCUGCAGAUGAGCGACCGCUGCGGCAGUCUCGAGGCGGGCAAGUGGGCGGACAUCGUGCUGCUGCACGCCCCGCGCUGGGAGCACGUUGUAUACCAAAUGGUUGACCCGCCCAUCGAGGCAGUGUACAAGAAAGGCAAGCGUGUCUACAGCAACCCGGCAUGCGCGUAA